AUGUCAUCGUCGAAUUUAAUUCUUCCCAUAAAUGCUCUCCUCUCUCUCCUUUUACUCCCUCUUAUUGAAUGUCAGACUCCCAAUAUCUACUCCUCCUCAGACGCCUUUGAACCAAUUGGUCAAAGACGUUGCUUCAGACCAACUCGUAUUGAAAUUCCCGAAUGCAAGAAUCUUUUCUAUAACUUUACAGCUUUCCCGAAUCUUGUUGGCCAAGAAAGCCAGAUAGAUGCCCGUCAUCAACUUCAGACAUUCAAACCUCUCAUUACCUACAAAUGUUCAAAUCAUCUGGCAUUCUUUUUGUGCUCAGUCUAUGCUCCAAUGUGUGACGUCAAUACGAAUCACCUAAUCGGCCCAUGUCGUCCGCUUUGUGAACGAGUUCGAAAACGAUGUUCACCUGUGCUCAAGAUUUUUAAUUUCGACUGGCCGGCCAAUUUAAAUUGUUCACGAUUCCCGGAAAAGAACACAGUCGGGGGAAUAAUGUGUAUGAAAGGUCCAGAUAUUCCUGAGGACUUCGACGAACCUACUCCAAACAAAAAAGAAGAUACGGAGGAGGAUUACGAACCUAUUGAAACCAAAGACGAAGUGAAGAAACCUUUGGAGAAUGGACCUCCUGGAAGGAAAGUUGAAACUUCAGCAGAAGGACUACUUAGGCAACUUGAGGAAUUACCAAAUAAUCCUUCCACAUUUGGUGGUAAUGAUCGACUUGGAUCUCAUCUACAGACUUGGCUGACUAAAUUGCACGAAAGUCCUUUGCCUAUUGAGUUUGAAAAUGAGGAAGCUCCGAUUGCUUUGUUGGUUUCUUCCCUGAGGUAUUGUUCUCAUCUAUCAAAGCCCACUUCAUAUGUGUUUAUUAACAGAACAGGUCGGUGUGCUCCGCACUGUACCGCGGAUGUUCUAUUCUCUCCUAGCGCUAAAACUCUUGCCACAGUCUGGACUAGUGUGAUAUCUGGGUUAUGCUUGAUUGCUACUACAGGAACUCUGUUUAGUUUUGCUAUUCAACCCUCCCUGUUCCAUACUCUAGAACGUCCAGUAAUCUACAUUGCAGGAUGUCAAUUUGCCUACGCUUUGGGAUUUGCUCUGCGACUCAAGCUCGGUCGGAAAGCAGUCACUUGUGGAAAAGAUCCAGCAUCUGGAUUUGCUAUUCGACUCCAAGAAGGGCUUGAUAAUUCCAACUGCGCUAUGGUAUUUCUUGUUCAAUACUACUUUUUUACAGCAGGAGCACUUUGGUGGGCCAUGAUGGUGAUUGGCUGGGCUGCAAGGUCGACUCACCAUCUCCGCCUAGCUCAAAGGAGGUGGGAUGAGGGCUCACUACCUAAGAACAAGUGUUGCGGUUGGCAGCGUAAUGGAAACGUCAGGAAUGGAACCCAGAUGGGAGAAGGUGAUAAUUUUGGCGAUAAGCAUCCGCGAAUCGGAUCCUCGCUAAGAUUUGCUCAGCUAAGUCGACGGGGCGUUAAUAGUUCAAAUGCUGACAGGAAUUGCUUAGCGAAAGAGCAUGUUGUUGCUUGGCUAACUCCGGCUCUUCUGACUGUUGCAGUACUCGUCAGUCGACAAGUUGAUGCUGAUGAGCUACUUGGGAUAUGCAGUGUGGGACGCCAGAACACCAAAUCCUUGCUGAUUUUCAUUCUGAUUCCACAAUCGAUUUUCCUGCUUGUUGGCCUGUUUUCCUUCGCCAGUUGUAUCGUCCAGUUGUUCAAAAUUAAAAGAGCACAACGACAGCGCCAGCUGGCUCCUAGUGCCACAAUGACAAAUCUUGAUGCACAAUCUCGUUAUCUUGUCUAUCAUUCGGAUCAACAGUCUGAGUUUGACGCAACAGUUGUUGACAGUAGUGCUAUGAGUGCGCCUAGACGACAGUCAACUUCAUCCUGUUGUUGCUGUUGUCAAAGUCUUCGAUGGGACAGCCUGAGUACCCGACUGGGAUUUUUCAGUCUUCUUUACAUUGUUCCUGCUGUCACUGUGUUAUCAUGUGAUUUCUAUGAAUAUCUGAAUCGAGAUAAAUGGCUAGCCGGGGACCCCUUAAAUGUCAUCUCACGAAUCAUUAAGGUUACAGAUUCUCCUCUUGCAGAAGAAAUCGAUGCGAAGAAAGAAAUUACUCCUGAAGUGUUCCUUCUAAGAACUUUCAUGUCACUUGUCACAGGAUUUGCCACCUGUUUGUGGAUGUUGUCAGUGAAAGGAAUCGAACCCUGGAGACACUUGAUACGCCAGCUGGAAAAUCGAUGUGCUGGGAAGUGCUGUUUUGGUCCCGCCCCAGUAAAGACUUCAUCACAGACUCAACAUCCACCCGGAAUGCAACACCAAUCGCAGCAUACAGCUGUAUCGUCUCAACAUAGUCAACCCGUGUCUAGUAAGAAUACUCCUAGCAAUACUUCGACAGUUCUACAUCCCUAUGCAGUGUAUCAACACUGCUGUUCUUCUAAUAAAUCAUCCCACGACGCCAUGAAUCGUUGUCCAUAUAACGUUCGACCCCCUGCAGGUCCGGGUUUGGAUGCAAAUGAACAAUUCUUUGUCCAACAAUCAGGAGGUUUAGCUCAUGCUUCUCCCAAUCAAGCAUCAGGGUAUUACAGUUCUGCAACAACCACGAAUAACAGCGUGGGUUCUGGUUCAGCCAUUGGUUCAAGACCGCCACCAAAUACACCACCAGGUACGGUAAACGGAGACUCCAAUCCAGGAUCUUCAGCCGGCUGGUGGGAGAUUAAUAAUAAUCACUUACAGCACUCUCAUCACCAACAGAAAUUAAAACAGAGCGGUGGAAAUUCUAGUCGCCAUGCAGUUUUGUAG